AUGUCUCUCAAGAACGGUACGUCAUCUCCAUACCACCCAACCACCACGAGUGCAAGCCCAACUAACAAGACCUCGACGAAAACAACAGACGCCUUCCCCUCCUCCGCCGCCUUCGACGUGAUCAACUCCGCCCUCCAGUCCGACGAAGCCGAGCGCAAAGACGCCAUCAAGAACGCCAAGGCAAUCGUCGCGUUUAACCUCAAGAACGCCUCCGGCCAGGAGGAGAGCUGGUACCUCGAUCUCAAGGACAAGGGCGUCGUCGGCAAGGGUGCUGCCCCCGCCGGUGGAAAGGCUGAUGUGACUCUUUCCCUCUCCGACGCCGACUUCGCUUCCCUGGUUAGCGGCAAGGCGAAUGCGCAGCGGCUGUUCAUGGGCGGCAAGCUCAAGAUCAAGGGGAAUAUCAUGAAGGCGACGAAGAUGGAGCCUGUGCUGAAGAAGGCGCAAAGCAAGGCUAAGCUAUAG